AUGCGCGAGAAUGUUAUCACCGUCCACCGUGUUACAACAGCCAUAUACGAGCUCGCACAGUGUAUCUUUUUACAAGCCCUGGAUAACGAGGGGUUUAAUAUCUACAGGUACACGUUCGUCGAGGAUAUCAAGUUCGAGUGCCCACAUCUCACUGGUGCGGCCAAUUUUGCUAAUUACGAGGGGUUUACUACUAUUGAUAAGCCUAGUCUUGCAUGGGGUGUUCCGUCUGUCACAAAGAGCUGGCUCAAAGCGCUGCACAAGGAUAAUAUUUGUCUAGAUAUUGAGAUUCCUGAGAUUCCGCGUCUGAGGGAUCUUAAAGGCAAGAAGAGGAUCAAGGCUGAGAGGGUUGCAUGGUCUAAGAAAGGUUCUAGUGAUGCUGACAAUGGCAACAACAACGACAGCGACAACAACAACGGCAGCAAACUUGCUGAUGGUCUCGCCAAGGCGCAAACAAAUGGUUGGUAUAAGUCUGUUGAGGAGGCCGAGCGCGUGCUUAACCACCCUGGCUCUAGUAUACUUAAUUGCAAGUUAUAUGUCGAGUACAUACUUGAUAAGAGUCGGAAACAUGACGGCAGCAGCUCCAUUGACCCCUUGCACUGCAGGCUCCGCUAUCUUUCCUUUUUUAACAGAAAGCGUGCCGACGUCGAACUUGCAAAAUCUGGACCAGAUGCACCAAUUCGUGACAAGGGGCUGCGGAAAAUGCUAAUAGCUCAGGGAUUCACUGUUUAUUUGAUCGGCGAGUAUUGCACUUCAACGUUUUGUCCGGGGUGCAAGAGCAGGAUGGAGAAGGUUCACAAAAUUUAUAAUCCUCGUCUGAAGAAUCCCAAGCACAAGUACCAUGUUGCAAUGGCAACCGCUGCAUCAUCCAAUUCCGUUGCAGCCGCAACAAGCACCCUUGCUGAUUUUGUUGCAGCAGCAGCCACUGUCAUUUCUGUUGCAACUAAAACUGCCGCCGACGCCGCAUCUAUUAUUGACAGUACGCAGCAGAGUCUCGACCAGUGGAUGCCUAUUCGCCCAGAGUCUACCGAUAUCGUCUGGUAG